AUGCGGGCAGCUCCACUGUCAAUCAUCCCUUUCAUUUGGUUUCCCGCUGCGUCCACGGCUUCAAUCCUUCCGCCCUCGCAGGACCCCUGGUAUGACCAACCCGGCAACAUCAGUGACUACGCCGCAGGGGAGAUGAUUCGCUCUCGCUCAGUUGCCCCUCAGUUAGAGUCACUGUUAUCAUUGCCUGUGAACGUUUCUGUAAAGGCUGUCACUCAGUAUCUUUUCCGCACCACAGAUAGCCUAGGAGAUGCAGUUGGCUCGGUAGUCACGCUGAUUGAGCCGUACAACUCGGACCCAUCUAAGCUCGUUGGAUACCAGGCGUUUUACGAUAGUGCCAACGUGGAUUGCAGCCCCUCCUAUACUCUCCGGGCCGAGAAGGAAAACCUAGGCUUGUCAGUGUCUGGGUUGAAUGUCUCCAUGGAUAUACCCUUUAUCGCGGCAGCUCUCAAUCUGGGCUGGUGGGUCUUCACCACGGACUACGAAGGGCUGAAGGCCGAAUUUACAGCUGGUCUCCAGUCCGGUCAGGCUGUUUUGGACUCUACACGGACCAUCCUUACUGAGGGUCCCUCAGUUGGACUAUCACGCAAUCCACGCUAUGCACUUUGGGGAUACUCAGGAGGCGCAUUGGCGUCUAUGUGGGCGGCUGAGCUCCAGCCAAGGUAUGCACCGGAGCUGAAUUUCGCCGGAGUUGCUGCAGGAGGAACAACGCCAAACGUGAGCGCCGUGCUUCAGAUUAUCAAUGCUGGCUCACACGCGGGUCUUUGCUUUUCAGGAAUUUACGGACAAGCGAAAGCAUACCCAAACUUUACAGAAUGGUUGAAUGCGAAUCUAAUCUCCUCGAAAUCGGCCCAAUUCUAUUCCAUCGCUAGCGGCUGUCUUUCACAGACUAGUUCUGAUGGUGAAUACCAAGACCUUUUCUCGUACUUUGAAGGCGGGGAGGCUCCAUUCUACGACGCUGUGCCCCAGACAGUCUUUCGGUGGUCUGGGCGGAUGGGUCUUCACGGGACUCCAACCGCACCUCUAUUUAUCUACAAAGCAACCGGGGAUGAGAUUAGCCUGGUGGCAGACACAGAUGAUCUUGUCACCAAGUACUGUGCUGAAGGUGCUACUAUUGAGUAUCAUCGGGAUUUGAUUGGGAAUCAUGAAUCUGAGGCGGUUUCGGGCUCGUCAAGUGCGUUAUCAUGGCUAUCAGACCGCUUGGAUGGGGAGGAUGUGAGUGGCGGCUGCAGCACGAAAGACGUGGUGUUGUCUUCGUUGAGCGCGGAAACCGUGGCACUAUUAGGCGAGGAGUUGUUUACUAUCCUCCAAACGGCUCUCGGUGGGUUGCUAUGA